AUGAGGACUUUUUCCCUGCUUCUGCUGGAGCUUUUGCUGCGUUCCAAAAGAAGGUGGGUUUUGUCUACGAUCGAACUAAAAGAGGAGGAACCUGUCGAUGGGGAAAAACUUAUUUCAAAGAUGAAGUUUGAAAUAAUGCACGAGACGGGAUACCAUGAAAUAGACGAUCCACUAACUAUAAUUGUAGAUAUAGAGGACAUCAAUGACAAUGCACCUAUUUUUAAGAAUCUGAUUUUCAAUGUAAAGGAGAACACAGAGGGGAUCCUGCCAGUGGUGCUGGAGGUUUCUGACGAGGAUCAGGAGGACACGCCUAACUCUAAAGUCACCAUCACUAUGGUUAAACAGGAACCGGCAGAGCCCAAGAUUGAGUUGAAACAGCUCAGUGACACAAAGGCCCAGCUCACAUUAAAAGGAUGUUUUGACUACGAUAAAAUCAAGACAUAUAAAGUUACAGUUAAAGCAGAAGAUCAUGGGAAACCAGCUUUAUCCUCCACUGCUGUUGUUACUCUCAAUGUUGUUGACACAAACACCCAUCCAGCAAAGUUCAAGAACAAAAAGUUCUAUGGUGAGGUGUAUGAAUCACAACCCAAAAAGGACGUAUUGAGAGUCGAAGUAGAAGACAAAGACACUCUACACACUCCUGGAUGGCGGGCCAAAUAUUUCUUCGUUGACAAAAAAGAGGAUGAAUAUUUCCAAAUUGAAACUGACCCCGAAACAAAUGAAGGUGUUCUGAACUUCAUCAAGGGGAAGGAUUAUGAGAGGACAAUUAAUAUAACCUUGGAGAUCGGAGUAGAGAACGAAGAACCCCUUUUUGUUUGUGCAGACAAAUCAACCGGCACAGUCACACUUCCACCUAAAAAUAAAAUCAACGUCACAAUAAAAAUGUUUGAAGUCAAUGACGCACCGCAGUUUGACCCAGAGAAAGUUGAUGUGUACCUAAAAGAAGAGGAGGAGCCGGGGAAGUGGUGGCUCCCUCCAAAGGUCACUGAUCCGGACUCUGACAUAGACAAGAUCAGGUUUGUGCUGUGCGAAGAUCCAGCGGGUUGGCUGACCAUUGACCCGAUUUCAGGAAAAGUAACAUCAGUGAAGAAUAUGGACAGAGAAUCACCCUUUGUUGAGAAGGGCAUUUACAAAGCAGUCAUCUGCGCCAUUGAUGACGGUGAACCUCCAGCCAACAGUACAUGCCCGCUGCUGUUCCACCUGGGGGAUGUCAAUGACAACAAGCCAAGGCUGGCAAGCAAAAGCGUCAUUUUGUGUGGAAACAAGGGCGACAGGGCCAUGGUGCCUGUCAUAGACCCAGAUGAUCCUCCAUACAGUGGGCCCUUUGCCUUUUCUCUGGGAGGUGAUGAUACAAAUCUGGAGCAGCAAUGGAAACUAGACCCUGAUGUUGGUACGGAAGGCGGCCUUAUUAGCCUGAAGCCACUUGCUUAUGGCAACUACUCUGUGCCACUGAAGAUUGAGGACCAACAGGGCAUGGGCGCACAAGAUACCGUCAAUGUGAUAGUGUGCAACUGUGGGGAAGCAGACGUUUGCCCAGCCAGAGGGCCGCUAUCAACCAGCCUCGGGGCCGCUGGUGUUGGAUUGAUUAUUCUGGGAUUUCUCAUAUUUUUAUUGCUGCUCCUCGUCGUUAUAUGUAAGUGUGGAGAAGGGGCGAUGAAACACAUCACCCUCCCGUACGAUGAGGGCAGCCAGACCCUUAUGAAGUACAACGAAGAAGGAGGCGGCGCUGCAAGCACAGCUAUGCCCACUAUGCCCUGGCUAUCUUCAAAUGGUGAAACUGUGACAGACAGCCAGAAACUGGCCAGCGGGCAGAUAAACAGAGCGGAUCAGGUCAUGAUCCAGAAUGUGGGCAAAUACAACACCGUAGGAUCCAUCAUGGAGGAAAUCGGCUCCAAUCAAGCGCUGUCCACAGGAAGGCCAGCAUCCCGGAGUCGCCUCUUCACUGUAGACGUUGACACUGGCAUUUUGCGGAACAUAUCAAGGAAUACAACCAGGAGCAACAGCUACCGGGUACCCAUGAAGGGAGGCUCCACCAGCUACAUGCAGUCUUUCAGCAUGCGGCCAAAUAUCCUCCUCCCUGAUCUCAUCGAAAGGAAACUCCACUUGGUUGAUGGAGACAUUAUCGACCACCCGAUGCAACAGCCCUUUGCAUAUGCCUACGAGGGUCAGAACAGCAAAUGCCAGUCACUGGAUAAGCUGUCCCUCAGCAACCUGGGAGAUGAAACAGAGUUUCUGAAUGAUUUAGGGCCAAAGUUCAUGACCUUGGGCAACAUCUGUCACCAAACAGCUCCAGACAACAACACACAGAUUUGA